AUGACAGGAAUGGGCCUUCUGAACGAAGACAUGGCGGACGGCCGAGAUGACAGGUAUGCCGGGAUCGAGCUUGCACCAUGUGACAAUCAGGCACUGGAAACACCUGACAUUUGGAGCUUCUCUCGCGAAGGCUUCCUACUGAACCAGGGCAGCGACUGGCUCUCGGCCAACAAGUGCAUCAGCGCCCAUCCUCAUGGUGAUGAUCCAAGCGAAGUCAGCCUCGACGUCUGCGAUUUCGGCACGGAUCAACUCUGGGAAAUCUCGGACGGCAGGAUCCGCAACACGCUGGGCAGAUUCUUGGCCCUGAUCAGGGCUUGGGGUUGA